UCUUAGGCAUCACAACAAAGAAACACAGAGAGAGAGAGAGAGAGAGAGAUAGAGAGCAAAGGUGUGCUUGAGAAUUAUCUUUGAUGGGUAAUAACAGGUUCAAAUUGUCAAAUAUGAUACCAAAUGCAUGGUUCUACAAGCUCAGAGAUAUGAGCAAAUCAAGGAAGCACAAUGGCUCUCAUGUUAUGAAGAACAAAGUGACCUCACCAACAACAUCCCAAAGGUCUCAGCCAAGAUACUCUAAUUAUUUCUCCAUUGAAACAAACAAGGAUGGUAAGUUAUUAUACAACUCUCCCAUUUACACUAAACACUCAGACAACAUAUUCAUUGAUUCACCAAGAAUGUCAUCCAAGAGAAGGACUAAGAGAAAAACCAUUUAUAAGCCUUCUCCAACACUUGACCAAACUCAGUCUCAUGACUAUUAUUUCUCCUCCUUAGACACUUCUUCUGAAUCAAACCUUCAUGAAUAUGUUUCAUCUGAGUCUGAGUGUGAUAAGUUCACUGUUCCUGACUUGCUUAAUGGGCUAGCCUCUGAAUGCAGUUGUAGAGUUAGCUCUUCCACUAAUGACAUCAUCAUUGACAUGAAAAAUGAGCCCUUCAUUGGAACUUCUGAAAAUCUUGAUGGGUUUCAGACAAUUUCACAGUUAGGCCUUGCUCCAAUAUUGACAAAACCAGUUAGGCUUGAUGAUAAGAUCAUUGAAGCCACUGAGUUGAGAAGAUCAAAUAAAUUUGAUGAGCUAAAGACUCAUCAAUCUCUAUCCGUCAAAAUUAGAAAAGAGGAAAUGAAUAGAACCAAGAAAGAGAGAAAAACCAGUCCACUAGCUAGAAUUUCCUCUGCUAAUUCUACAGGUAUAAGACUAAGAGUCAAUUCUCCAAAACUUGCGAGCAAGAAGGUUCAAGCCUAUGCAAGAAAGAGUGUGUCAUCCAAAGCAUGCAAAGCCUCAACGAAUGCAGGUUUUCCAGAUGGAUUUGCAGUUGUUAAGUCCUCAUUUGAUCCACAAAGAGACUUUAGAGAAUCUAUGAUGGAGAUGAUUGUGGAGAACAAUAUCCGGGCAUCAAGGGAUUUGGAGAACUUACUUGCAUGCUAUCUUUCACUGAAUUCUAGAGAAUACCAUGAUCUCAUUGUCAAAGCAUUUGAGCAAAUUUGGUAUGACAUGGCUCAAAUCAGAAUGUGA